AUGUCUGGUACCUACUCUUCCGUUGUGGAUCUUCGAGGUAAACAGGGAUUAGUCGAUUCAUGCGCUGACAAGCAGCUUAACGAAUAUCAAGUAUCAGUGACCAUAGUCCAUACGUGCACCAUUGUCCUAACCUCUUGGCGACUCUGGUAUAAGAUAGUCCAGCAAUGCUGGUGGUGGGAGGAUGUAUGGGCGGCUAUUGCGCUAGCAGCCAUCAUCACCAGUGAGGUCUCGGUCUGGAUUUUUUCUGAAACUCCGAUGGGCUCAAAGCCAUGGAAUGGUUCCAUUAUAGCGUACUGGCUUCUGAUGAUUAAUUUCACCAUAGGUCUUUGGUCGUCUCGGUUGAGUAUGAUAUGUUCGAUCGUAAGAUUAUCAUCACCCACAAGAAUACGAACCAUCGCUCGUUGGGCGGCAGCAGCUUUCGGAGCAACUACUAUCGUCUUACUCGUCCAUAAAUGCUGGUUCUGUGCUCGCUAUCACGACUGGGAAGAAAUCGCUCCGCUCAGUUGCUCUCUGGCAUCUUCUGUAGCCAUCACACAGGUCAUCGCGGACUUUUUGUCUGACAUGACACUGGUGGUUUUACCUGCUCAAAUAUUGCAUCGGGUCAAGCUUCCACGGAACCAGAAGAUAUUGAUUCUCUCAGUUUUCUCCGGUAGUCUCAUAACCACGUUGCUGAGUAUCGUGCACGCUGUUUUUUUCGUUCAGGCCGAUCCCAUCUUGAAGAUUUUAACAGCGCAGCUCGAGAUGGCUUUCUCUGUUAUUAUCUGCAAUCUUUUGCCUAUAAUCACAUGUCUCUACAAAGUCUUUCGAAAAGACCUGGACCUCAGUCACAGGCGAUAUUCGGCAGGCAGUAUGUUCUUCACUACUAUCGUCGAAAUGCCAUCAUUAGAUAGCCAUGCAUCUGAGGAAUUGAAAUUCAUAGCUUAG